AUGCCCAACUUGUUACACAUAUGGAUAAUCCGUGACCCUUCAAGUGCCUCUGUCAAGAUGUUGGCAACUGAAAGGACCCAAAUUGGCGUCAUGGUGUUUGGAUCAAUAAUAGGGGUCCGGCUUAUCCUUGAUGCUUUUCCGCAAAUAGGCCGUGGGCCACAACUGACUGUUAGUCUCUAUCAAGGUGCAUUGACAGAAGGGUUAUUGACAUUCGCAAUUGUGUUGAUCUCACAUGAACUUUCUAGCAAAAUACCCGGAAGUUUCUUCAGAAAAACUUGGAUCGGUAGUGUCUCAAAACUCGCUCUUCAUAUACUUGGAUCAGAUCUAACAGGUGGAUGCAUGAACCCAGCUUCUGUAAUGGGGUGGGCUUAUGCUCGUGGUGAUCAUAUAAGCAAGGAGCAUAUACUCGUUUAUUGGGUUGCUCCUAUACAUGCAACUGUAUUUGCGGCAUGGACGUUUAGGUAUCUUAUACGCCCAUCGAAACAAGAAAAAGAGAAGAAGACUAACUGAAAUUUGAAUACGAUUUGUUCCGAUUGUAUUUUCUAAGGAUGUGUUAUCAUCCGAAUUCAUAGAAUUGUACUUGCAAAUUAUUUCUUAUUCAUAUCCCAGCUAGGCUAUGGCUAUGGCUAUGGCUAUGGCUAUGGCUAUGGCUAUGGCUAUGGCUAUGUAGGAUCCUUUGGUUAAAUGUCAAUAUAUUUGAUAGGAAGGAAUGAGGAAUGGCAUAUUUAAAGAGUAGC